AUGUCGUAAAAUAUAUAAAAAAAUGUGUAUUGAGUUAUUUUUUUGCUGAUAAUUCUUGGAACCAUUAUUUUUUUAACUUCUUUUUUCUAUAUAUCUAAUAAUCAGUUUUCAAAUUGAUUAACGGUGUCGUAAACCACACGGAAGAAGAUUUAAAACCUACCACAACAAAUGAGUCAUAUUUUCGUCUGUCAAAAUGUAUUUUCAAAGUGAAGAGAAUAAGUUUUAGACAGAAUGUCAGCUAAGACAUUAGGGGAACAGUUCCCACUUCACUGGCUUGUUUGGGAUAACAAUUUUAGUGAAUUAGACAAAGAAUUGGCAAAGGACAUUCAUAACAAAGAAUUGAAAGAUCCUAGAGGCAGGACACCUCUUCAUUUGUCUGUAUGUCUGGGUCAUGUGGAGAGUACAAAGACCCUGCUUAGAUAUGGAGCCAAUGCAAAUGCUGAAAAUAAAGGCUAUUGGUCAGUGUUGCAUGAAGCAGUCAGCACUGGUGACCCUGAACUAGUACAGAUAGUACUAAGGCAUAGGGACUAUCAGAGAUAUAGUAAGCGAACUGUUGGUGUCCCAGAACUUCUACAGAAACUAAAAGAGUCUCCAGAUUUUUAUGUAGAGAUGAAAUGGGAGUUCACAAGCUGGGUGCCACUUGUGUCCAGAAUGUGCCCCAGUGAUACAUACAGAGUUUAUAAAAGUGGAUCCAAUGUUCGAAUAGAUACAACUUUGCUUGGAUUUGAUAAUACAAACUGGGAGCGGGGCAAUAGAAGUUAUGUAUUCAAAGGAACAGAAAGAAGCGCAACUGUAAUGGAAAUUGACCAUGAUAAAAAAGAGGUGUUUUCUGAAACAAUGGCCAUCUUACCGGAGAACUUUGACACAUCUGUGAUGGAUCCUUCUUCAAACUCUAUAUGUGCCAGACUGACUAAUCCUAUUGUUACUACAUAUGUAGACACAGAAAAAAUAUCAUUUGAAAGAAACAAGUCUGGAAUAUGGGGAUGGAGAAGUGAUAGAACAGAGAAUGUUAAUACACAUGAAGCUAAAGUUUUUAGUGCCUCUAACGUUGAGUUGGUCACCAAAACUAGAACAGAACACUUGUCACAGGAAGAUAAACUCAAAUGUAGGAAGAACUCAUCAAAAUCUCCGCUUGAGUCAUUUCUGGGGGUAGCCGAGGAGCAUAAUAAAAAACAAGGGGCCUCAAAUGGGGAUUUAACGUCCCUCUCAUACAACCCAACAUCUAUAACAAAGGAAGAAUAUUUCAGUCAAGUCAUUGAUUUAGGUGAUCGAGACGUAGGACGGCCACUCGACCAAACUACCAAGACUCAGAAGUUUAAGGCCACCCUCUGGCUGUGUGAGAAUUAUCCUCUCUCCUUACAACAACAGGUUGUGCCAAUCAUAGAUCUAAUGUCAGCAAGCAAUGCACAUUUUAAAAAACUACGGGACUUUAUCACAUUACAGUUACCAGCUGGGUUCCCUGUCAAAAUAGAAAUUCCAUUAUUCCAUGUACUGAAUGCCAGAAUAACAUUUGGUAAUAUCAAUGCCUUAGACCAAUCAGUAGAUAGUGUUACUGUGAUAGAGAAUGAAGGCACUUGUGUGGUACAGGAGACAUGUUUUGAUCCUCCACGAGGAUACAGUCGUUUGGGUGAUGGUCAUCAUGAACGAUUACGAGAUGAGGAUGAUGAACUUCUACAGUUUGCUAUACAACAGAGUCUGAUGGACGGUGGAAGUAGUACUGAAAAUGAUCAGCUAACAUUUAUGGAGGCAUUAAAUAACAUUAGACCCCCUCCUGCCCCUGUAUCAGGGACAAGGGAUGACGAGGAGAGAUUACUGCAAAGAGCUAUAGCUGACAGCCUAGCCAUGUCACAGGGAAGUAAUGGAUUACCUACAACAACUCAGCCGGAAAUGAUUAGUGUGAGUGAUAUAUCAUCGGACGUAGAUGAAGAACUUCGUGUAGCGUUAGAAAUAUCUCGUCAACAAAUCGAAGACGAUGCAAAUCGUCGGAAACAAGAAGAGGAACAACUAGAAAUGAUUCUGAAAUUAUCUAUUACGGAAAAGUAAUAUGGGUCUUGAACUUUGCCCUUUGUGAAUGGCUACAAUAUUUAACUCAUGAAGAUUUUACAACUGAUAAAAUAACGUAUUCUAUCAUAUGAAAAUUCACAUAAUCUGUCAUCAGAAUUUGUUUUAAGAACACAUAAGAUUUAUUUUUUACAUUUCUGGGAAAACUUUCAGUAAAAUAAAAAAAUAUUGUUUAGCUUUGAAAAGAAAAUUCCUUUGUUAGAAGUUCAAUGUUACAAAUAAGUAUAUAUCUAGGAAAAUAAAAAUGAGUGGAAUGUGGAUAAAGACAUGAAGAAUGUAGACAAAGAAAAGAAGAAUGUGAAUAUAAACAAGAUGAAUGUGGACAAAAAAAAGAAACAAAUAUCAUUAAUCAAGUAAAUAUUAUUAACUUGAUGGAACUGCAAUAUUUUGUUGCAAUCUAUGUUGUUAUUCAACUGUAGCAUGGUUUUUGAAUAUCUAAUAAUAAUUUGUAAAUUGAAAAAAAAAUCGGAAAAUAGCAAUGAUUGACUAUGAAUUGCAAUCAGUAAAUGUAGGUCAUAGGUUCUUUUCAUGUCUGUCAUUAAUUAUUGUUAUCUCCAGUAAGAAAUCCAUAUUCUUAUACUAUAUGAUUUUAAUAAGCAUUGAGUUUUUUUUGGAUAAAAUUACCAUAGUAAAUAAACCUUUGAAUUUUGAUAGCCAUAAUUUAAUAUAAUAUAGCAUUUUGGAUCUAAAAUGCUUUUCCAUUGUUCAACAAUCUCAAAACAAAAGAGAUAAUUAUUUGAUACAAGGGGAGAUAAUUACACCGCCAAUUUUACCUUACUUGACACAACUUGACAAAGGGAGGUAAAUGAUUAUUGAUUUUAAAUUGUCAGAUUUAUGUGACUAAAAAUUAUUGAAAUUAACUAUUGUUAUUUAUAUAUUCUUUAAACGUACAAACCUAGUUAUUUAUUGGACAUUUUCUCGAUAAAAAAUGUGUGUGUAAAAAAAUAAUUUUCAUCAAUUUAGUGGGUAAAAUUUUCAACAAAUUACAAAUUCAUAUGGUCUUGUCAUAACCACGAAAUCUAGUUUGACAAUUUUUUUUUUAUCUUAAAACCAGUACAAUAAUUGAAUCCACAGGAUAAUUAUUUAUAUUUAUUUCUAUCAAAUACAGAUGGGGACGGACACAAGUCACAUCACAUCAAAAUUCAUCAUUCAUAGAUAUGAAUGCUUUAGUAACUGUGACAUGACUAAAAAUUAUUUAUCAAAAUGAAAACAACACAAAAAAAAAUACCAUGGCUAAUAAUAGAAAAUUUUCAGUUAGACUUAGGUGGGCUUGUAUAAGUUAUUGAAAUGGAAGGGAAUAUUUGGUUACUAAAUAACCAACAGAAGAAUAUAACCAAGACUAUCUUAGCCAAACAGAAAUUUUUAAUAAACACAAAAUUUGAUAGUUACCAUACACAAAGGAGACAUCUGUCAUUCACUAUUAUAAGCAUGAUUAAAGCACUUGAUGGAAUGUUAUGACUGCACCUAUCUGUAGAUACACUUAUUGUGUACAACAAGCAAUGUUAUAUAUAUAUAUGUAUGUGUCUGUAUUUUGAUACUUUGUAUAUCAGCAUCUUAUAAUGUCAACUUUGUAUCCAUUUAUAUUUAAAGCUUGCUUUAGAUGGUGUAUACAAAAUGUGAAAAAUCUUUGAGGUAAAAUGGCAGUUUAUUUUGCUAUUGCUUAAAGAAAGGAUUAACAGUUUAUUUUUUAAAAAAGUGAGGAAAUAAAUACUACAUUUUCAAAAUGUACCAAAAUUUUUAAACGUCCAGUAUUUGUACUUUUUGUCAUUUCUCACUUGAUUGUGUCCAAUACUGAAUCCAUAGUGAGGUUGUACUGAAUUGAUUGUGCCAAGUACUGAACCCAUAGUGUUUUUACUACAUCCAUAGUGUCACGUACUGAAUUGAUUGUGUCAAGUACUUGAUUGUGAUAAGUACUGAAUUGAUUGUGUCAAGUACUUGAUUGUGAUAAGUACUGAAUUGAUUGUGUCAAGUACUUGAUUGUGAUAAGUACUGAACCCAUAGUGUUUUUACUACAUCCAUAGUGUCACGUACUGAAUUGAUUGUGUCAAGUAGUUGAUUGUGAUAAGUACUGAAUUGAUGUUGCAUUGUGUCAAUUUUUGCAACUAUUGUGUCAAGUACUGAAUCAAUUGUGUCAUAAAGAAAAAUCAAAAUGUUAGCUAUUGAUAGGACUAUAAUAAACUAUUGGAUGAAGCCCUGGUUUAUUAACUACAGAACAGUAAUUAAUAGUUUAUAAGAAUAUGGUAUAUUUAAAAUAAACAAAGUUCAAAAAUAUGAGUUUUAAAAACAUUACAUCCUUGAAAUUCAUUUAAAAACGUUCAUGGCUUAAAUAGUUGUUUUGAACAAAAAGCAGACUAGAAAUCUAACUUAUAAAUAAUUCUAAAGAAUUUUAUUUUGAUUGCAUGUGAAAUUUCCUGCGGAUUACUUUAUUUCUGUAAUAUUUUGUUAUUUAAGGAGGUGGACCUAGGUUAAGGGAAAUAAAUCCUUAAAAUCAUCAUGAUGGAAGUUUUAAACAACUUUGACCGGCUUAACAGCCCUCUCAUGGUUGUUUGUGUCAACCAAUAUUUUCCUUCAUAUAAUCUAAGCUUUUAGGUUACAUAAAUUAUUUCCACUCAGUUUCACGUAAAUGCUUAAAAUCCAUUGCUGAUUCUUGACUUUCACAAACUUAUAACUGAUUUAAAGAGUUAUCUCCCUGAAUCAAGGUCUACCCAGAGGUCUAUCAAUAUUUCUAUUGGUGCUGGUAUAUGUGAUAUUCAUUUCAUUUGUAAUUAUUUCCUUGUGAAUGUAAACUAUGAAUAUUAUUUUUUAAUGGACAACAAUUAUUCAUUUCUGCUUUAUAUCACUCCUAUAUUGUUAUAUAUUUAUUUUCACAAGGUGUUUAUUUUCUAUCUUUUUCGU